AUGUCUCCGCUGUGCGCACCACUCCCAGUUCUCAUCUCCCUCUUGUUUGCGUCGGUCACCGCAAAGGCAACGAUCUCCCCGUGGCCGGAAGGCGAUGGGGCGGCGCUUCUGGCUUUCAAAGAGAAGCUCGACGAUGGCGGAGGCACUGCGCUGUUGUCGUGGAACCAAAGCUCCCAUUUCUGCACGUGGCAGGGAGUGACAUGCGGCCGUAGGCACCUGGAGAGGGUGACGGCAAUAAAUCUCACCGCCGCUGGCCUCACGGGCCAGAUCUCCCCUUCCAUCGGCAACCUCUCCUUCCUCCGAAGCAUCUUCCUCAACAACAACUCACUCCAUGGCGGCAUCCCUUCCUCCAUCGGCCACCUCCGGCGCUUGCGGUUCCUCGUCCUCCGAUUCAACUCCCUCGGCGAGGAGAUCCCUCUAGAGUUGGUCAAUUGCUCGGAGCUGACAAUAAUCAACCUGCAUGGCAAUCGAUUCGUGGGAUCUGUUCCGCCCUGGCUCGGCUCCUUCAAGAGGCUUACUAGUCUUUAUCUCAGCAACAAUAGCCUCACAGGAGUCAUACCUACAUCGCUCGCCAAUGCCUCAUCCCUCGAGGUCCUGGCGCUGCACUAUAACCACAUAGAGGGUGUCAUCCCGGAAGUUCUCGGCCGACUUGCCCGACUCCGCACUCUUAAUCUCGGCGUCAACAACCUCACAGGUACAAUCCCUACUUCGCUCUACAAUUUGACCUCUCUGCAAGGCCUCGGCAUGGCGGUGAAUCACUUGUCCGGGGAACUUCCGGCUGACUUCGGAAGCAAGUUCCGCAAUCUGAGAAAGCUUUUAUUGAGCAGCAAUAAAUUCAGCGGACCAUUUCCAUCUUCCAUCACCAACUGCUCCGACCUCGAAAAUUUUGAACUCGCAUCAAACAAUUUCAGCGGGAGAUUGCCUCCAAACAUGGGAAGAUUAGCAAAGCUCACCUGGUUCAUCAUCUUUGGAAACCACUUUGAAGCACAAACCGCCAAUGACUGGGAUUUCUUAGCUUCACUGACCAACUGUUCCAACUUAGAGAGUGUCUACCUCCAAUCAAACAACUUCGGCGGGUCGCUGCCACAUCUCGUCGCCAAUUUAUCCGAGAAACUUCAAAACUUGUGCGUGUCAGAUAAUCUGAUCUCAGGGAGCAUACCACCGGGGAUCGGGAACCUGGCGGCCUUGCAAAGAUUCGUAUUGAGCUAUAACAACUUCAUCGGCGACAUCCCGGAAGGGAUUGGCCGUCUCCGACACUUGCGGGUCCUGGUCUUGGAUGACAACAGCCUCUCUGGGCACAUACCACCCACUCUCGGCAAUCUCACACUACUGUUGAUUCUCAAUGCGUCCCUCAACGCAUUGCGAGGGACAUUGAGCUCCAUCAAGGGGCUAGAACAGUUGUAUAUUUCGCACAAUGAUUUGUCAGGCGGCAUUCCACUGUUCUUCCAAAACUUGAGUUUUUUAUAUGCCAUUGAUCUCUCUUUCAACCGCCUGGAGGGACCAGUUCCGACCAACGGUGUCUUCCAGAACAUUUCUAGCUUUUUUAUUGCCGGGAACAAUGAACUCUGUGGGGGCAUUCAAGAACUCCACUUGCCUGCAUGCCCCAUGCAGCAUCUAGAAAGAAAAAAGUCCAAAUUGGUUCCGCUUCUAAUCGCUGGUUCCAGUCUCUGUUUUGUGUUAUUGUGGAUCAUCAUCUUUGUUCUUAUUUACCGGAGACGCAGCAAAAAAAUGCAAUCGACACCAUUGUCUUCUGGCUUGGAUGCCCAGUACCCAAUGAUAUCGUAUGCGGAGUUGUCGAGAUCUACAGCAGGAUUCGAUGCCGCCAAUCUAAUCGGCAGAGGGAGCUACGGCUCAGUGUACAAAGCGACCUUGGAUAGCGAGAACAGAGCUGUUGCCGUGAAGGUGUUCGACCUCCAACAAUUGGGAUCCUCCCAGAGUUUUAUAGCGGAAUGCGAGGCUUUAAGUCGCAUCCGCCACCGGAAUCUUGAUCUCAUCAAGAUCAUAACCUGCUGCUCUAGCAUCGACUUGAACGGCGACGACUUCAAGGCCUUAGUCUUCGAAUUCAUGCCCAACAAGAGCUUAGACAGGUGGCUGCACCCAAAUCUCGAAGAAGCUCAUCAUCAAAAUGCAAGAAAUCUAAGGCUGACAGAGAUGUUGAACAUAGGAAUCGAUGUCGCUGAAGCGUUGGAUUAUCUUCACAACAAUUGCAAACCACCGGUGGUCCACUGCGAUCUAAAGCCUAGCAACAUUCUCCUGGACGAGGAGAUGGUGGCUCAUGUUGGCGAUUUCGGGCUCUCUAAGUUCCUCCCUGAAGGAAUGAGCAGGUGCUUGGCUGACAGAAGCAACUCAUUUGGAUUGAGAGGCACCAUUGGCUAUGUCCUUCCAGAGUACGGAGAAGGCAGUCCUGUUUCCACAAGCGGCGAUGUCUACAGUUUCGGAGUGCUCCUAAUGGAGCUAUUGUCAGGGAAGAGCCCUCUGGACGACAUGUUUAAGGACGGGCUUAAUCUGCACACACUUGUGGAGACGAGAGGAGUCUUGGAGAUUGUUGAUCCAGCUUCACUCCUGCGUGAAAAUGGAACGAACUCGUUGAAUAGUAUCGAAGAGUGUUGGAUUUCCCUUGCAAGGAUCGGUCUCGCAUGCACCAAACGCAUGCCCGGGGAUCGAAUGCACAUGUCCGAUGUCGUUGCUCAUCUGCGGAGCCUCAGGAAUUUGUUCGUCUGA